AUGAUAAAUUUAAAAGUGAAAACUCUAGAUUCACAGAAUCACGACUUUACGGUUGAUGAGGAGAUCUCCGUGCGUCAGUUUAAGGAACAGAUUGCGGAAAAGAUCAGCGUUUCGGUGGAUUUGCAGCGGCUCAUCUACUGUGGCCGGGUACUGUCAGACGAUAUCCCUCUGAAAGAUUACGAUCUGAAUGGAAAGGUUGUUCAUCUGGUGCAGCGUGCCCCACCAUCGGCACGCGGCACCAGUCUCAGCAGUACCGAAGCGGGUGGCCGCGAUGAAGCUGCACGUGCAUCCAGACGGUCACGCAGUAGCGACAACGCUACCCGGAACAUUUUUCCCAGCCUGGAUGAGCUAAACACUAUGUACUUCGGUUCGAUGACGUCAAUUCCGUUGAACAUGACUGCGACUAACGUCACUCAGAUACCGUCGGUCGGUUCAUCUUCAACGCUGUGCAACAAUCGCAUCACCGUCGCCCGGCACAUGCUGGACUGUGCGGAUAGUAUACUGAGCUAUCUGGAGAAUCCGGCCCGCGGACUCAAUUAUAGCGCGAUGGACUACCUCUCGCAACAGACGAUGGAAUCGACCGUGUUCGAGGUGGGCAUAUCGGCAGUCGGUGACGUGGACAUUCCGCACAACCAGGUGCAGAACUUUGUGAACGCCUUUCAGGGCGCUGUGAGUGCGGCAUUACGCCAGAACGGUAUGUCCAAUGUGACGGUACAGCAGCCAGAUGGGCUGAACGGGUCGGUGCAAGUUUUUGGAACGGUGCCCGACUUUGCCGUCCUAACGCCACCGAACACAAGCGCUACUGCUACGCCAGCCCACGAAGGUUCGGGAGCGUCAUCGACAACCAACAGCGGCAGUAGCAGCAGCAGCAGCAGCAGUAGCAGUAGCAGCAGCAGCAGCACGAGUAGCAGCGGCAGUAACGGCGGAAGCUCCAGCAGUCCUAGCGCAUCGUCCAGCUCGUCGGAAACGAGUGCCGAAAGUCGGCGCCAGGUACGGUCCGGACCGUUGAACACUCAAACAACGAGCACGCAAACGCUCGGUGAGGUGGUGCAGCAGAUGCGUUCGGUGCAGCGGCGCAUGGAACCGUUCCUCCAGCAAUACUGCGAUAUACUGCAAGACGAUCCGUCCUUCGAGGAAUCGGACACUGUUGGACGCGAAAAUGCGCAGCGUGUGUUUGAUCGAGUUUCGGAAGCGAUGCAUUAUAUUUCACACGCGCAGCACGCCAUCAGUGACCUCAUGCUGGAUUUGCAAAUGGCCACCCCACGUCAUCUGUGCUGUCGGCCGAUUUUAGUCGAGCAGAAUGCUUAUGUCAGUUCCGGACUGACCGCAAUGCCGCACAACAUCAAUCUGGCAAAUAUGCUGCGCAACCACAUUAAUGUAACCAAUAACAAUAACAACAACAACCCGGAAGUGGGUAACAAUAAUAUCCACGCGCAGCUGAUCAAUUUAGGCAUCACGGCCCAACCGGCCUUUUUCACUGGAGCUCCAGCUGCUGCUGGUGCUGCUGCAGGAGGAGGCGGCGGCGGCGGCGGCACUGGGACUGGGACCGGCACGAUGCGUCCACCGACCGCUCCACCAGCAUCGGGAGGAACGACAAACCAACCGCCGUCUACUAAUCAGGCAACAGCAACAUCGGCAAGCACCACUACAACCGGUGCCUCCACGACUCAGUCACGACCGCCGAACCUAGGUCAGUCUCAAAACAGACCACCUACGGCAGCUGGUGUUGGUGUUGGUGGUGGGCGAGGUAACAAUAAUUUAGUCACCUCCGUGUAUAUACCCCUGUACGACCUCAACAGCGUCCGGCGGGUACAAAAUGUUCUCGGCGAGAUGCGACCAUCGGCGGCAGGUUGGCGCAACAAUCGGUUUAUCAUGAUACGGGACGCGACGCGUUCAAGGGCUCAACGGCCAGCCUCGGCUGAUGGCCGUUUACAGCCCCCAUCGGCAGCUGGCGCAACCCGCCCGCCUCGUCUGGUCACCAUUACUAACUGUACGUUUCUGAACGCAAACAACAACAAUAGAGCAGCCGGUGGAAAUAACACGUCGGGUACUGGCACACCGAACAACGCCAACCAGAACGCGCAAAUCCAGAUGGCACGUUUCCUGCAGGCAGUCGUAAAUGCAGCACCCAUCCACACGGACAUCCACGUGCAGAUUAAUACCGGCGGCGGUAAUGAUAACAACACCGGCAGUACGCCACCUGCAUCUGCUGGCAAUCGUACCGGGGUAACCGCCACCAGUACGACAGCGCAAACUGGUAAUAGCACGACGAAUGCUGCCACUGCCGCCGCAACCACCACCACCACUGCCACCAGUGCCAACGGCAAUGGCAGAGCUGGAGCUGGCGGUGAAAACAUCAUUCAUGGGCAUCCACGUUUCGCUACCGUCACGCUGCCAACGACGUCCACCCAGACGCGUUCUACCUCCCGUCCGCACGUGCACAGCAUUCCGCCGUCACAUCUCGGUGGAACCGGACAAAUUCGCAAUCUACGCCCCAUGGCGGCGAGCAUAUUGAACACCUUUGAUCGAUUUUUGCCCUGCAACAGUCAUCAUAUCCGUGACAAUAGCGGAUCAAAUGGCGAUCGAUCGAGUGAGGGUACACCGAACCGUGCUGGUUCCGGUGAAACGGCAAACACACCUAAUGCACCGGCACCUGGCACCGAAUCUGGCACAGAUACCGUUCCGAUGCAGGAUGAUGGACGUGCAGCAGCUGCCUCGACACGCAUUAGCAUGUUUGGUACUCAAUUUACUCUGACCGAGCUACAAAAUGGAGUGCCACACCCGAACACUCUGAAUCGUGUGCGGGACUCGCUGCGAACCUAUGUCAACCGAACACUUUUUGCCGACCGUACUGUCGACGAACAAACCGUGCGUGAGGUGGGCAAUAGUAUCAUUGAACGCGUAAUGCCGCUCCUGGCUCCGCUGGCUGAGAACGAUCGUCCGCAGUUUGAUACGCGCGCUUCUUUGGUCAAUUUGAUACGUAACUUCUUCCCAACGUUCAUCAACCUGAUACGUGAGGACAGCUCAUCACAGUUCGGUGUACGGAUGAUGCGCUCUUUGCUGAUGUUUAUGCGUCGCUCGUUAAUGAUAUUGGUUCAAGGAGUUGGCCGAUUCUGUGCGCAAUCGUUUGUGCUGAAUUUGGUGGAAAGCGCACUGCGCCAACAGAAUGUACCAGACCUGGACCGAAUCAUGCGAUUGAUGGAGCCCAUUGUGAAUUAUAACUUUACUUCGGCGACCCGGAACGAUAUGUUUGACACUCAACAAUUUCUAGUCAUCCGACAACCGGCCCCACCAGCGGCUGGUACAUCUACGGCGGACAACACCGGUACGGAAAGUCGCUCAUCCAGCAUGUCUUCCAGUACUGGUACCGGUCAGCGAGAAGCUAGUCCCAUGGAUGUGGAUGACGUGGAGAGCAUGUCUACGCCGGAACUCGUGUCGGAUAUUGCGGAAAUAUCGAUCUCAAUCGAGCCACCAGCCAUGAGUGUCGACCAGUGCCCGGUGGAAAUGGCGAGUUCCUCAUCACAAUCCGAAGCUGAACCGGUCACUAGCAAAGCAGCAACCCAGCAAGCGACGGUAAGCACACUGUCGGGAAGCAUUUUAGAUUUGGCUAAUCGACCAGUUCCACCACGCCCGGCUGGUGAUGACGAAGAGCUACCAACAGUCGAGUUUGACGCCGAAUCCUGGCAUCGUCAUUUCCCGUCCAACUGGUUACCGAUCAUUACCCGCGAUCUUGGCAGACAAAGGCGACAAAGUCCACAAACCCCUUUCUCCGAUGCGUACAUUUCCGGCAUGUCCUCAAAGCGCCGAAAGUUGCUAUCAGAAACGAAACCACCGAGCGAUGUCCAUUCGCUGAUAUCGGACGGUGUUCGACGAGCCUUUCUCGGUACUGGAAUUACACCUUCGAACGCGGUUAUUGGAAACAGUGGUACUACCACCGGCACCAGCGGCCAUGCCGCCACCACUCGACGAUCAACCACAGGACAGACAGCUUCGUCGGCCACCACGUCCGGGGGAACUGCAGGCGCAAGUACGAGCGUUGCCAGCGGUAGCAGCGCCACGCACAACCGAUUCCGCACCCUGGACGAGAUGGCCAACAACAUUGCCAACGAUGGUGCCCUGCAAAUGUCGUACUGUGAGGCGAUGAAGGCCAGCAUACGCGACCGGUUGGCGAAGGAUUCGGAUUACGAUGCCAUGCGGUUCCCCAACUGUUCCAAGUACUUCGAAAAGUAGUAACACUGCUGGAACGGG